AUGGCACCCAAGCAACCACCGCCAUCCGACCCUACCGCCCUUCUGUGGGCACACCAACUCAAGCGCGAACAUGGCCUGCUACUCGACCGCAUGCAGAAGCUCGAAGCUGCUAUUGACAGAGUCGAGACCUCUACUACGGCCGCGGCGAACAAGAACAAGGAGGAUGUCGACCAACUCUCGAAGCAGGUACAAUCUCUUGCUGACGACACACGCGAGAACCAGGCCAUUGAAAAGGUGCAGACGGAAGUCAUGAAGUCGCUCCAAGAGCUUCAGUCCCAAAUCGAGGCCAUCACAGAGAAGGUCACCCGUAUUGAUCGCGAUGUCGAAGACGUGACUGCCGAAUGCAAGAAGGCAGCCGAGAAGGAAGUCGCGCUGCACAAGCGCGUCAAGGAGGUUGAGGCGGCUAUGGGAAGCUACCGCGACAGCAUGAGAACACUCGGAAGACGCAUUGAUGAGGCUAGAUGGGAGGAAAUCAGUCAGAGGCUUGAUGACUUGGCGCAGCAGGCGGAAAAUGGAAAUGCGACGAUGAUGGAGAUUGAGGAAUCCAUCGCUGUGCUUGAAAAGGCUUCCGCAGAACUCAACAUUAGAAAUGAGAGGCUGACUGAGAAGGUGAGAGCUAUUCAGGAGGGUAUUGCCAGUGGCACAGUGUUACCGGACGCGACUGCCACCGCUGAACCUGACGCCGCAGCAGCACCCCAAGACAUCGAUGAGCCUGAGGACAGGCAAGCGACUGAUAAGGCGGCGCCGGCCAGAGCUAGUAGGGCUCAGAAGAGGAAGAAUUCAGCUCAGUCCAAGGCAAAGCAUGUGGAAGCACUCGAGGCCGCACGUAUCGUUAGAUCCCAAAAGGCAGCAGCUAGGAAAUAUGACGCUCCAGAGAUCGAAAAGCAAGCUCCACGCAACACUGCCAAAGACAAGAAAGGCAGAACCUCAUCCCGUGCCAGGAAGGAGCAGACGAAGGCAGCACGCGCUUCGCGUGCAGCAAAUAGGGCCGCAGUCAAAGCGCCAUCGGCUCCUACUCCUCUUCUCGACAUCAAGUCUCAGAAGCCGAUCAGGCGCAUGGGCAAAGGCUGGGUGGAAGUGGAAGCAACACCAAGCCAGGAGGACGUACCAGCCAUGCUCGCACAGGACAGAGCAAAGGAUCACAUCGUCUCAGGCAGUCCAAUCCAGCCACCAGCCUGUAAAGUCGCCAUCCAACCCUCCAUCGAGCAAGAAGAGAACACCCUCGUCCCGCCCAAGCGUCGAACAAUCCUCCAGAACGACAACACUCAAGCCCGAGAAGUCUUCGGCACGGCCGGCAAAGGAAAGAAACGCAAGGCUAAUGUCCUCGCGGACGAUUCCAUUGACGUGGAUGCACCAAGACAGACUAGGAAGCAGAGAGUCGCUGCCACUGCUGUGCCGAUGAAGCAGGAGAAAGCUGUCCGCAGAGGUCUCACGAAUGUUUUCACUUCACCGAUCUCUUCGCCUCCGCGAAGUGACGAGCUUGUGAAGGUUGAGCAGGAGCAGAAGACAGGCAGCAAGAGGAGGACGAUUCCUCAGGAUGAUGAUGGCGCGAUGUUGAAGAAUGCGAAGGCAUGA